AUUCUAAUUGCUGUCAUCUGUUCAGUUAGUUACUCAACAGGCUCAGAAGAACAUCAGAAUGUUUAGAAACGCUUGAAUACCUGUCUGCAUAAAUAGGAGGUGCUCUCCAAGUAGUGGUGUACGUGUAGUUGUCUGUUAACAACAAUGGGUUUUAACCAAGUGGGGUUUGGUGUGCAGCUGUUGCUAUUGGCAGUUGAGUUGUCAGCAGCCCGAUGGCCAGGAUUGAUGAAUGUUCCUGGUGGGCUUCAACCUAACAAGCCAGGUCAUCCUUCACUGCAAGUGAGUGCUGGGUUGCCUUCUCAGUGGACACGAAGUGAUCCCCAGAGUGGAAGUCCUGCAGUAGCCUCACUUGGAUUGCACUUUCAAAAUCCUUCAGAUGCUCAAGACCAGCAAGUAAUGCAGAGGCCAGUGAAGAAACUGACUUGGCGUUUUCCAGCAGCACCACAAAUCCCAACCCCACCAGCACCAGUGAACUUCAUGAGACAGUCUAAUGCUGUUCCUACCCAGAGUGUAACAGCAAGGUGCAAUGAGACUGCAGUGUAUGUAGAGGUGAGAAAAGACCUGUUUGGUACUAGUGCACCCCUCAAUAUUGCUGCUCUCACACUGGGAGGCUGUGCUGCCAAAGGGGUGGAUGUUUCUUCUCAAGUCCUUGUGUAUGAAUCACCAUUGCAUGGCUGCAACAGCAAGUUGACCGUGACUGCAAAUGAGCUGGUCUACAUCUUCACCCUUGGUAUUGUUUCAGUGCCUUUAAGUAGUGCUCCCAUUUUAAGAAGUCCUGGUGCUAUGGCUUCUGUUGAGUGUCACUAUCCAAGAUUCCACAAUGUGAGUAGCAGUGCUCUCCUGCCUGCUUGGAUUCCAUAUGCUUCUGCUCAAGCUGCUGAGGAACAUCUCCUUUUCUCCUUGAGGCUCAUGAUGGAUGACUGGAUAUCUGAAAGACCUUCUAACUACAACUACCAGCUGGGUGAGCUUAUAAAUAUUGAGGCAUCGGUGGUGCAGUUCAGCCAUGUGCCCCUGCGUGUCUUUGUAGACAGCUGUGUGGCCACUGCUGUCCCUGAUAUAAAUGCAGUCCCCAGAUAUUCCUUCAUUGAGAACCAUGGAUGCUUGCUUGAUGCACUGCUUACACAGUCGAGUUCCCACUUCAUGCCCCAAACUCAAGCAGCUAAGCUGGGGUUUCAGCUGGAGGCAUUCAAGUUUCAGCAUGUGAACAGUAGCUGGUUCUAUAUUGCAUGCAUCUUGAAGGCAACAGCAGCAUCUGCCCCUGCUGAUGUUGAGCACAAGGCUUGUUCCUUCUCAGGCAAUAGAUGGACUGCUGCAUAUGGUGUUGACCAGGUAUGCAGUUGUUGCAGCAGCAGCUGUGGCUCAAGGAAGGGACGUGAUCUCCCAUCAGAGCAAGGCUUGCAGCUGGAGCGCGAAGUGAGCUUUGGCCCAAUCGUGGUUCUGGAAAAUGUCUGGUAGUCUAAUGACUGUUUUUAUAAAUAAACCUUUAUAGCUUGAA